GUCCUUCGGUGGCCAGCUUAGGCCCUUCGGCGACUUCUUGGCUCGCGCACCCCAGUGAAGCCACCACAGGGUCAGCAGAGCUAGUCGCCGCACCCCCUCCCCAAGCCCUUCCGGCGGCCGCCGCCCUUUAACCCCGGAUGUGGGCGGGAGAGGAAGCGGCUGGUGAUGCUGGAGCAAACAUGGCCGCCCUGGCGCCAAUGGGCCUCUCUGGCUCCGGCUGUCCUCCGCUCGCCGCGGGACUCCAGCUGCUCCCGAUGCUGGGGCUGCUGCAGCUUCUGGCCGAGCCCAGCCUGGGCCGCGUCCACCACCUGGCACUCAAGGAUGAUGUGAGGCAUAAGGUUCAUCUGAAUACCUUUGGGUUCUUCAAGGAUGGGUACAUGGUGGUUAAUGUCAGCAGCCUGUCAGUGAAGGAGCCUGAAGGAGACAAGGAUACCACUGUUGGGUUCAGCCUAGACCGUACAAAGAAUGAUGGCUUUGCUUCUUACCUGGAUGAAGAUGUGAAUUACUGUAUUUUAAAGAAACAGUCUGCCUCUGUCACCCUUCUAAUCCUAGACAUCUCCAGAAGUGAAGUAAGAAUAAAGUCUCCACCAGAAGCUGGUACCCAGUUACCAAAGAUUAUCUUCAGCAAGGAUGAGAAAGUCCUUGGUCAGAGCCAGCAGCCCGAUGUUAUCCCUGUUUCAGCAGGCAACCAGAUUCAGAAAAAACAAGACAGUGGAAAGUCUAAAAGAAGUACAGUGGAUCCAAAGGCAAGGGAAGAGAACUCCUUUUCUAUUCAUAAUAAUGAUGGGGCAGUUUCAUUUCAGUUUUUCUUUAACAUCAGCACUGAUGACCAAGAAGGCCUGUACAGUCUCUAUUUUCAUAAAUGCCGUGGAAAGGACUUGCAGUCUGGUGACAAGUUUUCUUUCAGUCUUGAUAUUGAUAUCACAGAGAAGAAUCCUGACAGCUACCUCUCAGCAGGAGAAAUUCCUCUCCCCAAAUUGUACAUUUCUAUGGCAUUUUUCUUCUUCCUUUCUGGGACCAUCUGGAUUCAUAUCCUUCGAAAACAACGGAAUGAUGUAUUUAAAAUUCACUGGUUGAUGGCGGCUCUUCCUUUCACCAAGUCUCUUUCCUUGGUGUUCCAUGCAAUCGACUACCACUACAUCUCCUCCCAGGGCUUUCCUAUCGAAGGUUGGGCUGUUGUGUACUACAUAACUCACCUUUUGAAAGGGGCACUACUGUUCAUUACCAUCGCACUCAUCGGCACUGGCUGGGCUUUCAUUAAACACAUCCUUUCUGAUAAAGACAAAAAGAUCUUCAUGAUUGUCAUCCCACUCCAGGUCCUGGCAAACGUAGCCUACAUCAUCAUAGAGUCCACUGAGGAGGGCACAACCGAGUAUGGCUUGUGGAAGGACUCUCUGUUUCUAGUUGAUCUGUUGUGCUGUGGAGCCAUCCUCUUCCCAGUGGUGUGGUCAAUCAGACAUUUACAAGAAGCGUCAGCAACAGAUGGAAAAGAGCUUGACUUCUUUUCCGUUGAGAAGAUUGCUGCACAGCGUGAGGCUCAGAGAAGACUUAGGACCCUCCGAAGGAGUAGCCCGAACUCGGCACCAGGUACCAACAUGGCCCCUUUGGGCCCCCCGACUCCGAGCUUCUCCUUUGGUGGAACUGCUGCUAUUAACUUAGCAAAGCUGAAACUUUUCAGACAUUAUUACGUCUUGAUUGUGUGUUACAUAUACUUCACCAGGAUUAUUGCAUUUCUCCUCAAACUUGCUGUUCCAUUCCAGUGGAAGUGGCUCUACCAGCUCCUGGAUGAAACGGCCACGCUGGUAUUCUUUGUUCUAACGGGGUAUAAAUUCCGUCCAGCUUCAGAUAACCCCUACCUGCAACUUUCUCAGGAAGAAGAUGACUUGGAAAUGGAAUCUGUAGUGACGACGUCAGGGGUGAUGGAGAACAUCAAGAAAGUCAAGAAGGUGACCAACGGCUCUGUGGAGCCCCAGGGUGACUGGGAAGGCGCUGUGUGAUGGGGCCGACUUCGAGGAUGGCGCACCGUCAAAGAAAACUUUUAAUUUAUUAAUAGUCCUAUUGGUGAGCAAGAGCAGUUCCUGACAGUGAACUAUUGGCAUCUCCCGACAGUGACACCACAGAGCACGUGGCUGGGAGCAAAGUGCCACACAGACCUAACUUUGUACUCUCCUAUGGACGCUGCAUCUGUGGCCGGUGACGGGCAGCUAGACUUCUCCUGCAGGAAGGAGUGGUGGGGAGGGAUAGACGUGGGGGGAGGAAGAGAACAGGAAGAAUCUGUUCCAAUUUAAAUUCUUCUUUCAGGUGGGAGCUCUAAGGCGUAUGCACUUGUGGCCCCACGCGUGGCAGCAUAGCAGGGUUGGUGGGCGGGGAGGGAGGCUGGGAGGUGUGAGUGAUGCCAGUCACGGGAUGGGAGUGCGGCUGUGGGACGUGGGCAGGUGUCUGCUGAGGACUUACACAGAAGGGAAAGCAAGAGUGUCCUUGCAUCUUUGGGAGGACAAAAAUGAAUGAAAUUAGUUUAUUUUUGAAAGCAAAAUCCUAACCCAUUGUAGUCUGUGGCACCUACCCCAGCAUUCCUGGCCCUGAAUGUUCCCCCAGACCUUUAUUCCAGAUUUUGAAAGUGACCAGGAUCCAAUAGCUCUAGAGGCCCAGUGGUCUUCUUUCCAAAAAGGCUGUAGGGUUGCAAUGUCACUGUCAGGGUCAGGGUCCUGGGAAAUGGGACCAGGGGGUGGAAAAUGGUUUUCUUGAUUGAGUGUAGCCUGUGUUGCCUAGUGGGUGGAAAGAAAUUUAUUUUUAAGCUUAAAAAGCAUUCGCCUGUAGGAUUUCCCUAAACAUCUAGUUCCCCCAUCUCUCAUUUCCCUCUCUUGUGGCUUCUGUCUAUUUUAUGUGAUCAGAAUUUGGGGAAAAUAGGAAGAAGGAAUUUUCCUUAAGGGCAGCUGGGGGCAGAAAGGCAGCGUUUAAGCAAACACGUAAGUACAAGCAAAUCAUCCUCAUUAAAAAGCUGUUCCUAUAGGUUAGGUAGGACUUCUGAGUACAGGAAUUAAAUAGACUUGGUCCCCAUGUCGUAAGAGUAUGCAUGUGAAGCAAAUGAGUGUGAUUAAACAGUUUACACUCAGGGAUUUUGGGAGAGUGAAAUCUUUCACAGAAACGCAGUGAAGUUCCCUUCCAAACUUUCAGAACUUGGGGAUCAACACAAGCAGUUGCUUGAAGUGAGCAGUGUUAUGACUCAGAGAUUGGUCACUUGAACAAUGGGACAAGCUCCGAAGGUCUGUUGUGACCACGGGCUUACCAGAAGACCCAGGCAUGGCCUUGUCAGGAACACGGCUUGGGGGGCCAGCUGGGAUGGGCUGCUUCUGGAAGCUUGAGCCCACCCCUGCCUGGACUUGUCGGUGAGAUUGCUCCUGCAGGAGACAGGGACCUCCUCGGGGGUGACCGUCUCCCGUCACAUCUGGCCAGAAGGUGAGAAACCAGAAAUCAGAAACCACGGGAUUCAGGUUCACACUUGCUAUCCCAAGUUUGGGAACCUAAAAAGUCUUCACUUAGUAAAUAGUUGUUUUCCCUCCUCCUGCCAUUUUCACUGCCUGAAUGACCCUUGAGGAAGCAGGUGUUCUUCCUGUGCACUUUUCUCAGCGCUCCGCGCUCUGCCCAGUGCCCCCUGCUGGCUCACGUGGCGCAGUGGGCCUCUUCCUGGGCCCCAGCUGCUUGCCUCCCAGCAGAGAUUUUAGGGAAGUAUUUGUGUGACUUCCCAUCUUCAGGAGAAGGGUAAAUACGUCCGAAGGAUUCACUUAAGGGAAUUCUUUUUUAAAGAAUUAACUUGGAGCUAUAUAUAAAGGAGGGAGGAUGGGAACAUUUUUAAUACUUUGUUUUCCUGGGCGCGCACGCGGGAGUACUGCUGCAGGAGUGCGUCUCAUGCUGUGACCACCAGCUGCUUCCUUCAGAGGGACACGCCUGCUGUUCUCUUUCAAGCAGAUGUUGUUGACUGGGCGAAAGACUCCUUGGCAAGAAUAAAAGGUGUGAUGGAACCUCCCUCCUAGACAGGGUCUCCAUGGAGGUGUUCUCAGUUCACAUGCUGGGAUUUCGAAGCAAGGAAACCAGUGAGUGGAGGAGGGAGGGGGGAGCAUGUGUGUGGACAGGCGCUGUCCGGCCCAGCGGCUAAGACUGGAACCUUCGUGUUCCUGCUAGCACGUGCGCCUGGGUGCUGGGUGUCCUUCAGAUCCCGUGCACGCCUCUGGGCUCACCCUCGGUAGGGCCACGUGGCUGCAGCUUUACAGUGCUGGGCCUUCUGGAGCAGCAGUGCACAGACAAGGUGGCCUUUUACAAGUCUAGGCCACACCCUGCCUAACAAGCAGGUCGUCUGGCCACGUCCUAGCAACUGGUAAAAGGUUUGAAGUCACGCUGAUAGUAAGAAAAAUCAAAACCCCAGCCCAGGAUUAGGAAAACAGGUGGUGGUUCCAGGCUUUUAAAAAAUUAUUUAAGCUCUCCAUCUUGUUCUGUAAAUUUUGUCUUCUUUCUCCAUCACUUAGUAGCCAUGACCAGCAUUCAGCUGUCUUCCAGUAAAGAUGACCUACAGGGGUCCAAAGCCAGGUGGUUUCACCAGCUAACGAGCUGCCUUCCUGUAGCUUUCCGCAGGGCGCUCGGGCUCAUCGUAACACAGUGUUUGAGCGGUUAAGCCCGCACAGUAUUUCAGGGAUUGGGCAGAAAAUAUCGGGUGCACAUCACAGAGCCAUUGGUGGUAUUUAUAGCUUCACUUUGUACUCCUACUCCCUAUUCCUGCCUGCACAGAAUAUCCAUGUUUCCUUUGAGAAAUCUGUUGUGGACUGAAAGUGCUGCUGGCUGUGAAAUUUAAUAAAGGGUGCGUAUUUGCUAGAAAAUUAUUUCUUGGACGAGAACAAUCAUUGAUCUCUUAAUCCUGGCUCUUAACAGUGGCCAAGGACUUGCUCAGCCUGUUUCUUGGUCCCCUAGUGCUUUUAAAAUGUAAGCAGCAAAGCAUUUUGUGCUGUUGAAUGUGUUUCUGGUGGCUUGGUGGCUCACUGUUUUGUAAGGAGGCGCUUGCUCCAGUGUUAAAGACACAGGCUCCAAGCAGAGCCUCAGCCAGUUCAGUUUUCUCUCAAGAAACCUCUUUUGAAUAAAAUACUCAGUUUUUCCCCCCUAGAUAUGUCCAGCCCGCGGAGGCAGCACACAGCCUCCUAAGUCCCCUUCACGUGACUGCUGUGGUGAAAUUUCCACUCCCGCAUUGCGAUCUCAUCAGGACCUCUGCUCCCCUUUGUCCUGCGACCUUCCUCCCCCACUCCCUGCCCUCCCUCGCCCUCCUCCACCAUCCCUCCUCCACCCCUCUCUGCCCAGGCCUCAUGGGCUCACUCCCGGAAUACGGGCUAAAGGCUUUGGUGCAUUGCAGCGUUUUCUCCCAGCAGCUGUCUGCAGGAUACAUUUUCUACGCUAAGGAGGAUUUUAUUAAGAGUGCAUACUAAUGUGGUGUAUUAUUGCUUUGGGCUGUAUGUGAGGGUCUUUCUUCACACUACAGUGUACGUCUUAUUUUAGUACUUGCAAGAGUCCGCUAUGAGGAACCAGCAACCUUACAUGCCGAGGACCAGUGUGAAAGAUGCUGUCGUAGUUGCCAGUGGUACCCUUGCCCUCUCCCCGUCCUGAAGCAUUUCCUUCGAGGAAGGCUCUCAGAACGUGAGACAAUACGAGGUGGUUGGCCCAGCUCCAUACACCCAGUAAAGCAGCCGAGCGGUUUAUGCCUCACACUGCCAAGUGCUAAAUUUCAAAGGAAGCAGCCCCCAGCCCGCUCCUCCACCCCUGUUCCCACACUCCACACCUCGCCCCCAUGCUCUUCUUGGACCCAGGUGCACACCGUGCCCAGUCCAGGGUGCCUGCGGCCCACUGCUUUACUUUCCCUUUGGGAUUCAGUAAGUUAGUGGCUUCCCACUAACUUAGAAUUCCCCAUGAAAUUAGACUUUGACUCAAUACCUCUUCGGUGUAUCAAAAGGUAUUCAUCUGGAACAUAUCAAACGUUCUAGAUCUGCUCUUCGCUCCAGUUUUUCCCUAGGGUGUUUCUGGCAGGGAGUCUUUAAAAGACAUCCACCUGAGUUGAUGCUAAAACUUGUCACCGCCUGGAAUGCAGUUAUUGGUCAGCAAGAUGAACAUUCUCCAAAUUCCCCAGGGGCCACUUUUGUAGCCUGGUGAUGCCCUUGUGCCCUCUCUGUGUGGUUUAUGCUUAAAAACAGAUAAUGCUUUUAGAUGGCUCACUGCCAGGGCCUGUGACACGCUCCUGAGGGGGCGGGCGUGGGGAGCGAGGGCCGGGUGCUGGUGGGGCCUGGGCGGGGGUUCUGGGUAAAGUCGGUGAGGAUCAGUGUGAAACCGAAAAGCCAGCUCACACCAAGACGGCUUAUUUUGUGCUGAUGCAAAUAUGCAAAAUAAAGAUUCUGUGGCAGAAAUGUAUGCUUGUGGGCAGGCAAAUCAGAGCCACAGGGCCAGCCUCCUUAGCAUUUGAGAUCCUAUUACGGGACCCAGAAAUCCUGUCCACACAGGUGGGUGGUUCUUGACUCUUUAAGCAGCUUUGACAGGUUGCAAAUUGCAUUUGCCUAGUCAUGUGGCCUCAGAAGAAGUCGGACAUACUUAAUCCAGAAAUAAGUUUCAUUUAAGGGAGGCUUGCAAGUCUGUAAAUAUCAUUUGCUUUCCUGGCUAGAUUGGGAUGCAGAAGGUUUUCAGUAUUGUUUUUUUUAACACUAAUGAUCAUUGAAGAGCGUUUAUGUACACACAUAACGGGUGCAGAUCAGGUCAAGGUAUUGUAUGGGACAAAUUCUCUUGCUGUGAUGAAACCUGUAAAAUAAAGAUUCUAUGACGGAAA